AUGUUCGGCGCAGGACUCAACGCAACCGAACUGGCAGAACUCAUCGAACGCGAUUUACAACUCCAUGUCGCAUUCCCAUGCUUCCCUCUCGACUCUUCCCUCGGCCACACUGCUUGCAGCGUCGUACAAAAGUCGUGGCUCGACCAACUCCAUAACGGCACCGCGACAAGUCUAUACGAGAGCAAUGCCACCUCUACCAAAGAAGGAGUUAAUGGAAGCAAUAGUAAUGGGACCAGCAACGGGAAUGGGAGUGCUAGCAGCAAUAGCACGGCAACCACAGGAGUUGGCGAGGUUAACGUCUUUAUCAACGUCAUCUCAAAGACGAAACCAUUACAGCAGGACAAUUGGACCAGGGCGCGAGUGUUCGCAGAGUCAGCAGAGGAAAAGUCAGUAGGGCUGAGCAGGCCUAAACAAAAGUCACUCACGACAUUGACAUCGAUAUCGAGCAACAAGGACUGGAACAUUACAGCUGAGGACUACAUCCGGGAACUCAUGAUCACGGACGACGGCGUUUCUUUCAAAUCUGAAGAGGUAAGGAUAGUGGCUCCAGCGUACCCCAACUACAAAGCCUUUUGUCCUACCCUCGAGAGCGAUGAUGGUGCAGCUGACAACGAGUCGAUUCAAACAAGCGGAGAGAGCAGGCAGGACUCUCGGACUCGCAACAAGCGUCUAAUUGAGCAGGUUCUCGACACCAUAUACCCAACAACCCUGCGAUACAGAGUCGUUCCUAUCACCCAAGAAGAUGGUCGCAGGAACACCCAUCUUGUCCUGAUGGAAAGGAGUCCUAAUACCAAGGGUCGACGGCCGCCCUCCAACAUUGCAUCAGCAACCGUCAUCAUCGAGUCGGACGACGCCCAUUACUGCCUCUCACCACACCGUGCAGGAGGAGCCACAGGAUUGACGACGCUGCAGGACAUGCUGCGAUUCAACCCCGGAAACCUCAAUACUUCGCUUAAGAAGGGCUUUUUGGUAUACCAGCUUUUGAAGGCAGUGAAGGGUUUGCACGAGAGUGGGCUCAUUCAUGGAAACAUCAACCCUUCCAACAUUUACAUCGAUGAAAAUCUUUGGAUCUCGCUCACGGGAAUCAAGUGCUCCGUGCCGCACAGACCGGCUAAUUCUUUCAGCGCUGCGGCGGUCGAGAGGAACGAGUACAGGUCUCUUAUCGGCAUACCAAAAGCCAUUCAGGAAGAGUCGACUGUCAUGAAGUGGGCGCGCGGCGAGAUAUCCAACUUUACAUAUCUGAUGAUUCUCAACCAUGCCGCAGGACGACGUCAAGGAGAUCCGAAUGUACACCCCAUCUUCCCUUGGGUGACGGACUUUACAGGAAAAGAGAUUUAUCAAGGAUGGCGAGACUUUACGAAGACAAAGUUCCGUCUCAACAAGGGCGACGAACAAUUGGAUGUGACCUUUGACGGCCCUAUCCCCCAUCACAUCACCGACAUUUUGUCCGACAUCACCUACUAUGUGUACAUGGCUCGCCAAAUUCCCAUCCCCGUCCUGUGCCAGUUUGUGCGGUCGAAAUACGAGGCCAACGAAUACCCUUCUUCGAUUCGACGACUGUACGAGUGGACCCCUGACGAGUGUAUCCCCGAGUUCUACACCGACCCUUCGAUCUUCAAAUCUAUCCAUGGGGACAUGCCGGACAUGUCCCUGCCUCAAUGGGCUGCCACACCGGAAGACUUUAUCAGGAUUCAUCGGGAAGCACUAGAGAGCGAUUAUGUCUCGAAUCACCUGCACGAGUGGAUCGACUUGACCUUUGGAUACAAGCUGUCUGGCCCUAAUGCAAUUGAGGCCAAAAAUGUCGCACUGUCGUUGUUUCCGGGCCAGAGCGAGUUUAUGAAGCAUGGAAUCAUCCAGCUCUUUACAGAUCCACACCCUAAACGGGCUUCCAACUGGUCUCUUUCCAAAGCUGAGUUUAUCAAGUCGCAGGCCAAGGCACGAACGGCGCUGGAGAAGGCGUCCAAGAUCACAAAACGUCGCAGCUUUUACAAACCACAAAACGAUCGCCCGCAAUUUGUGGAGAAGGUAUCUGACCUACUCUUCCGCCCGACAGCACCUACUCGCUCAAAAUCCUUACGCCAACAUCAACCAACAUCUCGUCCAACAUCGGUCAUCAUCAACAAUAAUCAUGAACGUGAUAUCACAAACACAACCCUCACAAUCGUAUCGCCCUCCAACAACUUGCUCUUGCCUAUCAACCAGAUCACACAGGACGCUAACCUAGCAUCGACGCGACCUGAGGCGAUGGUACAGUUUUUGCAAUCGGAGCCCAUCGACCUCUCAAACGACCUCCAGGAUCCUGUAUUCACUGAGGAGCUGGACAAUUUUGAAAAGACCUUCCAUUUUGGAUCAAAAUACCACUUUAUGAACAACGACGCGGCUCAAUCUCGGAUCUUGGCCGACUCCCCGAUCCGCGAGCCCGACGACAGCGCUGCGAAGGAGCGUGAUUCGUUCGAGUACAUGCAGAGUUGGGAUGUCUACUGCCUUGGAGACUUGUUCAAGCAGAUCUACCUUGCCGAGGAUGUCCCCAACAAUAGCAUUGCUAUGGCCCUCAGGCCUCAUGUGUCCAUCGCCGAUCUUACAGAGUCUCGGCUGAUGCCGAUCGCUGUGAGUGGGACUAUUACGUCGAUGUUGAUGAGUGACUGGAAAAUGCGGCCCAAGAUCGAUACCAUCCUGCAAAAGUCUAUACCUGCGCUUUCGCCCCAGUCGCCAACCAUUGAGAUGUUUGUCCCGUCAUUGAUCGGCGAAAUCUACGACUUCUUGUCCAUGUUCUACGUUUGCCCGAAAUCGACUCAAAUGGAUUUGGCCUCGAAAUGGGUCGAUCGGAUAUGUCUGUUCGAAGAUGAGACGUUUGAGAUAGCGCUGCCUGUGUUUGUAUACCUGUUUGCAGACAAAGAGACUCGCGUGAGAGCACUUGGACUGUUCCCGAAACUCGGGCAGCGGCUGGGCAUCAAGCGGACCAAAGCCUUCUUACUCAAACCUAUAAUUGCCAUGUUUGAGACAUCAAGACCGGUCCUACCGAUUGAGAUGUUCAGCACGUUGGUGUUCAACGAGUUCUUACGGCGGUUCGGUACAAGCACGUUCCUGAAGCAGUUGUUCCCUUACUACCUCGAUUCGCUGACUGCCGAUUAUGCCCAGAGCGAGGCCACAUUGGACGAUAGCUCAUCGGCAUCUUCGACAGCUGCACCGGAGAACAUUGCAGUCAGUGUUCCUGCAAUUGAAGAAGAUGCCAAAAAGGCUGGUGUUGACUAUGUUCCUAGACUGGGAAGAGUCGCCAGCGAGGCCUUUGUUGGCAUUUGUCGCGUUACGCAUCUUCUACAUGUCGGUAGCCGCUCAAUCGGGCCUAUAUUGACUUCGAAGCAUGUCAUGAAGCCGUUCUCGAGAUUGGCGUUCAAGGAUCCGAUGUAUCUUCCCAUUCUGAAGAUCACUUUGAGCGGGAUAGCCAACGAGUUUGGGUCGACUUUUGCGCUGGUUCAGUUCAGUCACAUCAUGCACCUGAUCGACUCGGCGUCGUCUUCAUUCACAGCGAGAACCAGCAACACACUCAGGAAUCUCCUGGGACUCCUUGGAUCUCUGGUACCACAUAUGUACGACACGCAGUUGGUGACGGAACUGAGGAACGGUGGGUCAGAGUUGAUCUAUAGGUUGAUUGAGCCAAGUCCUCGCAAGCCCUCCAAUCGACCCGACACUCAAGGCAGUCCAAGAUUGGCCGUCAGUCGAACCGCAUUGGACUUUAUCCUGCAGCUGAGUUUCUCGUUGACCAGACCCGACUGGGAGAAGCACAUCGCUCCAAUCUUGCAAAAGUACUUUUCGGGAUUUGGCCCCGAUAUUGAGGAGAUCAGUACAAAGGCCUCGUCAUCCAUCGAUGUGCAGCGCAAUGAGCAGAUGAUGUACGCCUAUGGGCAAUUGUGCUCGUGUGUCGGCCAAGACGCUAUGCAGAGCAUGAUCCCGGCGAGUGAUGCGAUUGAGAGACUUAUUGCGGCGAGACUGGAUUCCAAAGAAUUUGGCAACUCUCCCCUGCGGUCAUUGGGAAGUAUUACAGCGCAAGGAAAGUUUGUCUUGACAUCUUCCUCGUCGACGUUUUGGCAGCAGCAAAAGGAUCAGCAAGCAAAAGAUCUUGCCAACUCCAAACGGACAGCGUUUUCUACCAAGGAUCUCUGGUCAGCAACUUCUGCCAGCAUGUCCAAGGCUCUGUCGUUGUUUGAUUCUACCAAGAGUCGAUCGCCUUCUGCAAACUCGACUGGAAGUGGACCGUCCUCACUGCCGACGGCAACGUCGGCAACGUCGGCUUUGGUGUCGGUUUCUGCGUCGACAUCUAUGAGCACCUUGGUAGCAUCGUCCACAAACGCGACAUCGACUAUUGGACUUGUCAUGUCUGGCAAAGACUCCUCUUCCCAUUACCAUGGAUCGGGCGAUAACAGGCCAGGUGAUUCUGCCUCAGGAGGCCAAGACCCUGUCAAGUCACCUACAGAGAUUCUUUCGAUUGGAUCCAUGUCACCCGUUCUUGGCUCUGGCCCCGCACGGAAGAACCGCCAGAACUUUGGAUCGCCUGGAAAAGCCAAGACGACAGCCAGACUCGAACAACUCAGCAACUGGAACCGGUUCUUGUCAACGAACCAGGAGGAGAUGGCAAAGUCGAUGCAAUUUGCUUUCAAUGACUGGAAACUUCAAGGCCUUGAAGGACACACGUCAGGUGUCAGGGUGGUCGGUGCAAACGAGUACCAGCGAAUCUUGGCGACUGGAUCGAAAGAUCGGACGGUGAAGCUGUGGUCCUUGGAUAUCCAUCGGACCAUUGAGAAUCCAGAAUAUGCUGAUGCCGGAUCGGGAUGUUUAAUGACGUACAAUGGACAUCGUCGUGGAGCUGUAUAUGAUCUCCACUUUGCUACAGGAGGCGGUUCAUUCGGUACUGGGGAUAUUGUCGCCAGUUGUGAUGGGCAGAUUCAUCUUUGGGAACCGGAAACAGGAAAGACUGUACAUCAAUUCAAUACAGGAAAGGCGCCAGUGGUGACGAUGGUGCCAAUUCACCGGUCGCGCUACAUUGUCGCAGGACUGGUGGAUAGUACGAUUACUUUCCUGGACAGUCAUACACACCUCAGUCUACACAGCUGGCGGGCGACUAGUUCUUUGGGUGUCACACUCAAGGUGGUGACGACCAACCCUGCAGAGACCUUGAUUGCGACUGGGUUCUCUAAUGGUGCCGUUUCUUUGUUGGAGUCGAGGACAGGGACCCUUGUUGGCAAUUGGCGAGCCUCUGACAGUGAGAUCACUCAGAUGAAGUUUUAUACGAAUGAUAUUCUGAUCACGUCGGCACCUGCGGACCAUAUGGUGUGUAUAUGGAAUGUCCACACAUUGGCGCUCAUCAAGUGUAUCCGGGGCACGUCCGAGAUUGUCUCUUUAGAAAUCUUCAAGGACGAGAUCAUUACUAUGCAUCACAACAACUCGAUCUCCUUUACACCGAUCAACGACGACUCGCUGGCAUACACGUCCAAGUUCAAGAGCUCAGCGAUUCGGUCGUCGAUCUCGUGCAUUGGUAUAUUGCCAAUGAACCAGCUGUUGGUCCUAGGUUGUAUGGAGGGAGACCUGUACCUGUAUUCCUAG